AUGGCGCCACGGAUGUCACAGGAAGAACGCGAUGAUGAGUCCAACGCGGGCAGCGAUAUGCAGAUGUCCCAAUCCGAUAGCGAGCCCGCAGACAUGGACCUAGAGGACGAAGAGAACCCCCAGGAGGAGGGCGAUGACAUGGAUGUGGAUGUAGACGCGGACGAGGAUCCUGCGUCGGGCGCAGAUGAGCCUGGUCGAGACGACGAAGGGGUGGACGACAAAGACGUGGAAGCAGAGGAGGAAGAUGAAGAGGAGCAGGCGAAUACUGACGUCGACGCACUCUCAUCGUCGCCGCCCCCGGUGCAACGCCCUGAUCCCGCUGUGCAACCUCGGCUCAAGAUCAAACUCAAAUUCUCGCGAUUCAACAGCGCUGUGCCUACUGCAACCACCACGCCAGACGAGUCUGUCGUACCCUCUCGCCGUGGAGCAUCUCGGGAGAUUGACAUCGAGUCUGAGGAUACUGACGAAGAUGAGCUCGGGUCAACUCGUUCUGCCUCAGUUGCAACUACAGGUACUGCGGGAAGGCCCUUGACUGCCCGACAAGCCGUCCUCGCCAAUGUGGUGGACCCGUCGCAUGUAUCCUUAGUGGAGCCGCCAAAUCCACGGAAGAAGAAACCUUUGACUGAGGGGGAGAUCGCCCUGAAGCGCGAAGAGACAGCGCGAAAACGUAAAAACCUAACGGAGAAGAAGCUUGCGGAUGAGAAGGCGGAAACCAUCAACCGCCUGUUGAAGAAGCAGACCAGAAAGGGGAAGCGCAAUGCGUUGUCCACCGCAGACGAUCGACCGACGCCAGGUUCGGCCCCACAUGACGAUAAGGCCCAAGCUCCCGUGCCCACCAUGUACAGGUGGAUCUCAAGCUCGCGACCCCAGCCGCAGCCCGGGGAAGAGGUGAAGGUGAAAAAGGUGGGGAUGGACGUGGAGGGAGAGGGGGAGGGAGAGGAACCGAAAGAGAGAGAGAACGACAAGGAGAGGGAGGGGGAGGGGCAGGCUGAGAAAGCGGAACCGACCAUGUACUUGUCCUUCUCCGUUCCCAUUGCUGCCCUCCCUCCCGCUGCAGCUCAGCCCGCUGGUACCACGGACGUGGAUGUCGCAGCGGCACGAACGCCGCCACGCUGCGACGUGCGUGGCUGUACACAGAGGAGGAAGUAUCGUCUGGUGAAGGACUGGCAGAGGGGUGCCUGUGGGUUGGGGCAUCUGAAGUUACUCGAAGCGCAACUUGCGUAG